AUGUCUGGUCUUCCGGCUUACGCCCCAACGGCGACUACUUCCUAUACUCCAGCAGACAAUCCUGAUGUUAACUCUCACCAGGAGUUCUCCAAAUCGUCUUUAUUCCUGACUACGAUCCACAAAGCCGUAUAUGAGUCCUUGUGUGAGAUCUACUCCAUCGCAACGGUUUUGGAGAUGAUUGAGAAUUCCUACUUGAAAGACUACAUAACCGAUAAAGAGAAGUACACAUCAACAGUUAUGCGCUUGAUUAACCAGUACCAGAUGCUCGUAAAGAGCUUUGGGAAAACCCCGACCCACAAGGCUGUCCUCUCAGAGAUCUUACCAGGCAUUGAGGAGGAUCAUUCUAGCAUCCUACAACUUUUGCAGGAAACGUUUAGACUACAUGUUCCACUUGCCUCUGAAAGGCUCACUUCUGGUGUUCCUGCUACGAUACAGCAAUUUCAUACAGUUGUCGAGAGUACAUCGGAGCAUAAGGGAGCCACUAGUGUCGCUCAGGCACUGAACUCAGCGCUGGCGCUGGCAAGAUUGGUGGCAGAAGCUACAGGAAGUUUCAUUACUCUUAUGGAUGCAUUGAAGCUCAAUUACAAAACCAAAGCACAACUACACCCGCUUUUAAGCGAUUUGGUAGUUAGCUUGAAUGACUUGGUGCUGAAAGAUAAUGAUACAACCACACCGAUUGACUUCCCUGGCAAGUCAAAACUUGUUGGGUGGCUCAUCAAGCUCAACAACUUGGAAGAGAAUCAGGAGUUAGCCCAGGAAGAGAUUGAUCAGUUUCUCGACGAGCUCGACGGGGCAUACAAGGGCUUCUUUAACUCUCUAGAAUAG